AUGGUGCACAAGCAGUACGCCUUUGAUCCAAAGCUGCAUACUCAGGGCAAUUAUAAAGACAGCAAACAAUGUCACUGGCGUCAACAUUUCCGCUCGGCACUGGCAGACGUUGUGGAUCCUUGUGAUCCCCGGCCCCGUUUAGAAGACCUUGGUCCGAUUGGAGAAGGAAGCACCGGGGUGGUCAGCUUAAUGCGAGACUUGCCAAAGAAUAUUUACGUGGCUGUAAAAAAGAUGAAUAUUUUCGAACAGCAACGCAGGGAGCUUCUCUUUAACGAAGUGAUGAUUAUGCGACAUUAUCGGCAUCCAAAUAUUGUCGAAAUGUACUCCAGCCAUCUCAUCGCAAACGAGCUCUGGGUGAUAAUGGAAUACUUAGAAGGUGGUGCUCUUACAAACAUUGUCUCCAGAACGCUGGAAGAUCCAUCAACGUUUGCUCAUCUUGGAAUGAGACGCCCGUGA